AUGUUUGUUCAAACGAUUCUGAGUCCUGAGUGACUGAGUCCGAGCCACUGACUGGGAGAUGACUGUCCUGCUUCCAUAAUGGGCACCUUGAACAAGUAUGGGCUCCUGCUGUCGCUCCUGCUGGGCUGGAUACAGGCAGGAGCUAGCCAGACUUCUCACUGCAACAGCUCAGCCCCUGGUUCGCUCCAUGACUAUGGAGCAACAACUAUAGACGGAAGCAGAAACAUCUCCUUUCAUGACUACGCGGGAAAGCUAAUCCUGGUCGUCAACGUCGCCACAUUUUGAGGCCUGACGCCCCAAUAUAAGGGAAUGAAUGCACUACAGGACGAGCUGGGUCGAGACGAUUUUAUCAUCCUCGCAUUCCCAUGUAACCAGUUCGGCAAACAAGAACCAGCUGAAAACUAUGAGAUCCUCCCUUUGUUGAAGUAUAUCCGUCCUGGCAAAGGGUUCGUUCCAAACUUCCAACUGUUCAAGAAAGGAGAUGUGAACGGGGAAAAUGAGCAGCAGCUAUUCACAUACCUGAAGAAUGCCUGCGCCCCCGUGGGGAACAGCUUCGGAAACACCGACAGGCUGUUCUGGCAGCCCCUCAAGAUCUCUGACAUCAAGUGGAACUUUGAGAAGUUUCUCGUUGGCCCUGAUGGCAAGGCCAUUCAGCGAUGGUUCCCACAGGUCCCCAUCGCUACUGUCAGGGAGGAUAUCAUUCGCUAUAUGAGUACUCUGCCCAAUCGACAACAAAGAAUCCUCUAAAUGACAUCGCAAAGCUUCAUUGCUUCACCUGCAUAAUGAUACAAUGGUUUGAAUUAGAUAAAUGAUGCUUCUCCACAUUGUUCUCCUUUUACACACUUCACCUCCCACUUCUUGCAACUACUUUUCCAUUCACCCUCCCCCUUUCAUUCUGUCUUACUCCCCACUCCCCCUCCAUUAUCACUCCCUGCUCCUCCACCCUCUCCCCUCACUCUCCCUCCACUCACUGUUCCCCACCCUAUCCCCUUCACUCCCCCCUC